GGCUGACAGCAUGAACACAUUUCAAGCAGUAUUCCUUGUUGCUUUGGGCCUUUCAUUUGCCCAGGCAUCUAACUUUGAUGAAAAGUCCCUGUGGCAGUUCAGAAAGAUGAUCCUCUGCGUCAACCCUGAUAGCUGGCCAACCCUCGACUAUGCUGACUACGGCUGCUACUGUGGCAAGGGAGGCUCCGGUACCCCUGUGGAUGAUCUGGACAGCUGCUGUCAGGUGCAUGACCAGUGCUACAAUGAUGCCAUGCAACACAAGGACUGUUGGCCCAUCUUUGACAAUCCUUACACUGAGUUAUAUGCCUAUGAAUGCGACAAGACUCUCAAAAAGGUCACUUGCACGAGCAACAACAAUCCAUGUGAGAUGUUUAUCUGCGAGUGUGACAGGAAGGCUGCUGAGUGUUUUGCCAGGAGCACCUGGAAUCCAGAGCAUCUGAAUCUUCCUAGCGACAGGUGCAAAUAAGGGACAGGAAACCCUUCUCCUGCAGGACGGACCUACAACCGCCAGAUAAAAAUUGUUCAAAUAGCUCCUUCAGUGCAAAUUAUUACUUAAUUGUUUACCACUGCUAAA